AUGAAGAACAAUCUGGCACUACAUCAAGAUGAAAAUUUAGAUCAUUUAUCUUUAGCAAUUGGACGACAAAGAGAAUUAGGUUUAAUGAUUGGUGAUGAAUUAGAUUCUCAUGUACAAUUGAUUGAUGAAACUGAAAUGUUGGCAGAUAGAACAGAUGAAAGAUUACGACGUGCAAGAAGAAAAUUAGAUUAUGUUGGUCGAAAAGUGAAAGAUAAUAAAUCUGUCUGUAUUGUCAUUGCCUUGAUAUUUGUAUUCUUUGUACUUGUAGCAUUAUUCCGAUAG